UGUCCCCCUAAUCCGCAACAGGAAGUUUACGUUUGGAGGUCAGAUUGCUGUAAGGUGACCGGUCGACGUUUCGGUGUUUCUUCUAGUUUAGCAAGAAUGACGGGGGGAAAUUAUGAGAUACCCGACUGGAAAACUUACAAAUGGCAGGGAAUUCCUGAACUAGAAGAAUACCAAAAACUGUUAGCCAGGGAAGGUCUGAAAGACCCAUGGAUCCGGAAUGAAGUAUGGAGAUAUCAACCGGAAAUCCCACGACUAAUGGAUGGUGUAAGAUACUCAUUUUUUCGGGGGUUUAAAUAUGCUGCUGCAGCCAUGGUUGUCACGAUAUUGGUGGAUAAAUUGGUUUUAAAAAAAAGAGGCGGCCAUGAUGAUCAUCAUUAGAUGUAGUUAAUAUGUUUGAAUAUCAAUGAUCCGCGUAUAAAAAGUGAUAGACUAAAGACAAUAUGAGUUCACCUAGUGGUGUGGUGAUAAACAACAACUAGAAAUAAAUUUAUUGGAAUAUUU